AAAUAAGAAAUAAAAUAUAAAAGAAAUAAAUGAAUAGAUAUAAAUGAAACAAAAAACACGUUGCUGCUGCUCGUAUUUACUGGUUGUGGAACACACCCACAACAAUAUUAUGACUGUUAUUGUUGGUUUGCUUUGCCGCGGUGUCUUUCAACUUUUCAACUUGAAGUGAGUUAAGAAAAACAUCGUUCUUCUAAGUUUCGAAGAGGUCGUCUUUACCGACUCAGCUCCUUAUUUCACCAAUGAGGGGUUACAGUACAUGCAUUACAACUAAUUGAAGGUGACACUUCCGAUCGAGGUUUAGAGAUGCCGAAUUCAGCUUCUAACAACAAUGAGGAUAUGCACAUAAUCACUGCAAGCAAUGUCCACAAGAAAUUGUUUUUCCAGGGAUGGAAAAAGAGCGUUGAGGUAUUUAGCCAAGGGAAAGGAAGCUUGUCUCAUCGCUGCUCUUCUAUUCUAUCUCAGUUAGAUUCAAGUCACCUUGAUGAGGCAAUAUCGUGGAGUUCAUCAGAGGGAGAGGAAGAUAAGUCAAAUUCCCAACUUGUUCGCCCUACUCGCACCCUUGCAUCCCACAUCAAUUUUAGUGACUGCAAAAGAGUACAACGUAGAGGUCGACGGCACUCAUCAGCUCAGUUUGUCCGUUCUGUUGAGAAGCGCCUCAAGACUGAACAGAAUAAGAGUCACGCAGUCUCUGGUCAUAAAAUAGAGGAAUCAAUCAUUAUUCCUGACAGUUCUCAUUCUGUAGAACAUCCUAUAAACGCAUCAGAAUCAUUUGAUGAGCCUAAUUGGGUAAAUAAUCUAUCCAUUUUAAACAAAAGAAUAAAUCUUUCAUUAAAUGCUGCUAGCCUUUUGUCAUCUGAGCAGUCGAUUGGCAGUACUCAAAUCUCACCCACUGAUAGAGGAAGUCAAGAAAACAAUGUUAGGUCACCAAUUUUGGUGAGUGGAAAAGCUAAGAACUUUAAAAGGAAGAGAAAUCGGAAUUCUAAACAGAUUAUCAGCUUGAAUGAGGGGGAUUCAUCCAUGCAAUCCUCAACAGGUCUAUUACCUGGAUCUCCUGUAUUCAAGAUAACUAGUCGCCGAAGAAGAAGUUCUCGUAAGACUCCUCAACAAUCAUCUGUGAUAUUAGAAAAGAAAAGUGAUGAAUCUAUUUGCCCAAACAAAAAUGCCUCAUGCAUAGGUUCUAAAAAUAGUACAGUGAUGGCUCAGAUGGGCUCAGAAAUUUUUUUGGGUACUCCCUCAUCUCCUGUUAUUGGAAAGUCGUCCACUAAACGUAGAAAGGCUAUGGUUGUUGAUAAAUUACUAUCACCAAUUCUUGGUUCAAAACCCAAAAGUAGUCGACCUUACAAGAUUCAGAAAAUAAUUUCUAACAGUAAACUAUCAUGCACUGUGAAUUCAAACACAUCUUUGCCCUAUGAGAGACCUAAUGCAUCCUCUAAUUCUGAUGUUAACUUUGAAAUAACUUCAUCAGUAUCCACAGAAAAUUUAGCUACAGCAAAGCGCUCCUUAGAUUUCUCUGUUGGAAAUCAAAAUAUUGGCUGUAAUACUAGCAUCAUAAAAGACAUAGCUGAAGAAAAAUCUCAAAUUGAAUGUAAGAAAACCAGUUCUGAUCAUGUAAGUGACAACAGUGAUAAAUUUUUCUCCCAGAAAGCUGGAUUAUCUCAAGCAGACUCUCCAGGUUUUGGCUGUAGCCAACUCAUUGAAGAGAUAAAUACUGAACAAAUUGACAUUGACAAUGUAUCCAAAUCAGUUGAAACGCCUGUUCAGUUGCAGAAGAAGAAAAAGCUUAGCUUGUCAAAGAAACAAGUUUCCAAACAAAGCAUUUCAAGUAAAUGUUCUAAAAUUAUCAAGCCAGAAGAAAUUGAAGUGAAAGGAAAAUCCUAUCAAACUGGGCAUGAUUUUUAUUCAAAUUUGAAACAGUUUGAUGUUUUUGAAGACAUGUGUAAUCAGGCUCCAAAAAAGGAAGAAAUCUUAGGGAAUAGACAGUUUCAACCUGCAACGAUGUCUACAAAUUGCACUCUUCUAAUUGAGGAGGAAAACUCAGAGCCUAUGGAAAGUGCUUCACUGGAUGCUUUUUCAUCACCUGGUUAUUUUUUUAAUGAAAAGAGGGACUCUCCUACAAAUCUUAGUUCAUCAUCAACUAAAGAAUCAGAGACUAAAAGUGAGGAUGUUGAAGAUGCUAAUAUUGACAGCUAUGCCUCACAAAGUCCUGGAAACAGUCAACUAACCCAGUUUUGGUUGCAGAUUGAGAAGUUACCAUCAUCAUGUGUGUCGUCUCCAAUGACAAUAUCACAAACAUCUAGUAGCCCCAUGGCUCCUGUUGUGGUCUCUGGAUUGUCCGCAGAGACAGUACCUGAUGACUACAAUGCACCUCCAAAAAAAGGGAAAAAGAAACUCAAACCGGAUGGACUUGCAAGUCGCCUUCAGCGACUACUCAACCGUCACCGCUCUUCUUCCCGCAUUUGGCAAUUUAAACGGACUAAAGAGAGCAAAGCAAGUUAUACACCUACUGUCAACAACACACGGAAUACUUCAAUGGUUUUAACUGUUCACCACACAUGGAUUGAAUACUCACAUGUUAUUAUUCAGGGUUUUGUUGAGUCCGAUAUGAGCUCAGGAACUGUAAUUAAUCGCCUUAAUUCUUUAUCAGACCAUGUAGUUUUGGUACUUGACCCACAAGUUGCAGAUAAACUUGGAAAAAUUAUGUCUGCCAAAAAAAUCCGUGUGUUUCCUCCAUGGCAAGCUCUGAAAUUACAAGGCAUCUCAUUGAUCCUCUGUGCAUACUGCAUUGAAGUUAUUCAGGCAGAAUUUUUAGAAUUCAUGGGAAGUUUACCUAUUCCUGAGAAAACUACAACUGUUCCUAUAAAAGAUGGUGGAUAUGAGUGUUUUCUAGGAGCUAGUCUAUCAGAUAUUAUCUUCCCCAAAAUUGUGGAAAGGCCAACAUGUAUAUUUCAGUGCACCACAGCAAAUCAAAGUGAUGAGUAUGAUUUUAACAAAGGUUUUGAGGGUCCUGCUAAUCUGUGCACAAUUUCAUCACUUGUUUCAAAUUAUGUUGGAGCUACAUGUGAUACCCUAAACCUAACAAUACUACGAACAUUUCAAUUCAGGCAAGCUGUAUCAGAUAAGGUUUCAAGUAAUUAUCCUUGCUGGUCACUUUUGGGACAAGAUGUUGUGGGAGAGGUGUGUGAGGUUUUGCUUGGAAGUGAGCAGAUGAACACAGUCACAUCAGGAAGUGACAGCAUUUGGUCUCUAGUCAAAACAGGACUUGCUAUUGGUCAAGUAUUUAGUUUUGUUGGCUUUUUCCCAGCUCAGAGAAUAUCUCCAUUCAGGGUUUCCAAUUUAUGGAGAGUUGUUUCAAAUAUAUGUGCAAAACCUUGUGAUCAACCUGUAUUCUAUGUACUGGCCGCAUCUUCUGCAGAGUGGGAGAUUAAAGCUGUGGAAUCUGAGAAAAUGUUUGACAAAAUCCAACUUAAUCUCACUCCAUUAACAAAAAUUUUGAUCAAGGAUCCAAUAUCCAGUCCUGAACCAACAAGAGUGAACAUUGUGUGUCGCAGAUUACACACAACUUAUGAAAGACUUUAUGUUACUGACACUGAAACUUCGCCAUGCAUUACAGUUAUAUCUGUAAAUCCAACCACAUUCUUGUCCCCAGUAAUUUUCAAGUCUCCGGUUCUUAUAAUACUUGACCUUGAAAUAGACCCUACAGGUGACUUAAGAGUUGACAAAUAUUCAAGAAUAUCCUCUUUGGGUGGUGAUGAUUUAUCCUUCAUUGAGGACUUUCACAAUACCAAAUUUAAUAAUAGCUUGGCUAAUCUAAGUCCCACUUUGCCAAAUUUGCAAAAAGACAGCUCACCAAGAAGUUUGGCUGUCUUCUCCGGGACAAUUAUUGGUGUUGAUGAGGAUUCAGCUUUCAUGUGGCCAGCUUGCGGUAUUUGUGAGAAUGAAUUGCUGAGCUUAGGAGAUAACAGUGAGAAGUAUCGCUGUGAGAAAUGUAAUGAUCAAUGUGAUAACUUUACAUUACGAAUGUCAUUGCAAGUGUUGUGUUCCUGUCCUAAUCUUCCUUCAAACUCAUCUGUGCGAUUGAAGCUGCUUCAGAAGACUAUUGAGGCACUGCUUCCCCCAGCUCUCGCUGGAGAGGAGGGCUAUGAUAUGAACACUGUUUUAGGGCAAAAGUUGGGUCCACUGAAAUGUGAAAUUACUAAUGUCAAUGACCAAAACUUUACUCUACAAGAGUUUCUCUAAUUUACUACGUAUAGUGUUCCAAGUGAUUUCACAUAAUUA